GGAUGGAUGCAAGCCAGAUGCACCACCUCCAACGCGCAUAUUAACCAGAGUAGAGAAAAAUGGAGGUUGUGGUGAAAAGGUCACCGUCAACGGUGGUGAGGCCAGCGGAGCCGGAGCCGGAGCCGGCGGCGGCGACGAACGGCGCCGGCGGCACCAUAAAGCUCUCGUCCUUCGACAGGGUUUGCGCCAUGACGCCGAUCACGGCGUUGCUCGUGUUCGAGCACCCGAUCCGCGAGGCCGCCGAGACCUUGAAGGGAGCGCUGUCCCGAGCGUUGGUCCCCUACUACCCUCUUUCAGGUCGCUUGGUUGCAGGGCCCGACGAGGUCCACAUGGACCACAUCCGGUGCAGCGGCGAGGGCGCGGAAUUCGUCGCCGCCUCCGCGAACCGUGCCUUGAAGGACGUCGAAUUCUUCGCCCGGUCGCCUGGCACGACCACGCCGCAGCUGGUGGAGGAGCUCAUCGCCAUCUACCACCCGGCCGAGCGCUGCGGCCCCGCCGACCCGUUGCUGCUGAUGCAGGUGACGGAGUUCUCCUGCGGCGGGUUCGUCGUGGCCGUGACCUGGAACCAUGGCGUCGCCGACGGCGUCGGGAUGGCCCAGUUCCUGCAGGCCGUCGGCGAGCUCGCGCGCGGGUCGCCGUCGCCAUCCCUUGCUCCGGUCAGAUGGGACGAAUCGCUCCUCAGCCUCCCUCCUCCCACCGUCCAGAGCAACAAGCCGUUGGGCCUCGUCUGCCUCGACGUCACCGUCCCCUCGAGCACGAUCGAGCGCAUCAGAGCUGAGUUCCACGAGCGCGCCAACUCCAAUGGCCGCCACCGGACUUGCACCGAGUUCGAGGCGGUCGCCACCGUGCUAUGGCAGUGCCGCACUCGCGCGAUCGCCUCCAACCCGGAUUUCCCGGCUCUGCUCACCUUCACAGCUGAUGUGCGCAGGCAUGUGAAGGCUAAGGAUGGCUACUACGGCAACUGCAUCGUGACGCUGCGAGUCAUGGCGACAGCCGGCACGGUGGCGAAGGCGGACGUCACCGACCUGAUCGAGAUGAUCAAGCGUGCCAAGGAUGAGGUGCCUGACCAGCUGCUCGCGAAGAACGACGACGGCUGCAAUGGCGACGACCAGCAGCCAGCCAUGGAUGAGAAGCUGCUCGACGAGCUCCGGUACAACCUGCUCCACCUGUCCACGUGGCGGAACAUCGGCUUCGAGAAGGUCGACUUCGGCGGAGGGACGCCGGAGAGGGUAAUGUGCUACAUGCAGCCGUCGAUUCAGGAAUGGCCGUAUUGCGUGGUGAGCCUGCCGUGCAAAGAGAAGGGCGGGGCCAGUAGUGUUAGUGUGGUGUCGGUCUGUGUCAAGGAGGAGCACGCAGAUGCCUUCUUAGGCGAGCUAGCAAGGUUCACGUGAUUUCCAUAAAUGUACGAGAUGAAAUAAUCAUUGACCCCUCCAUUUUAAAUAAAAGAUUAUUUUAGCUUUUCCAGCUA